CGGGCCGGGGCAGGAGUCAGACAGUUGCCGUCGCUCUUGGGUUUCCCUGAGGAUCACGUAACCAGAGCGGAGGGGACAGAUGGCGAGUAGGAGCGCGGGCACCCUGAUCACCCACAAUAAUGCCACCUACAUCCCACCGGCCCUCAUGCCUGGGUACCGGGGCCACAUCCCCACGGCUUCUUUCACCUACGGCGACACCUAUGGCAGCACCAGCGCCCGCUGCUUCCAGGAUUUCCGCUCUACGGUUCUGAAUUCCAGCCGCAGCCCCUACUGCCAGGGGGGCCAGUUCCCUACGGGCAAUGCAAGCGACCCGGCUCUGGUGAUUGGGCACAGGGCCCGGGGGUGGGACCGAUUCCUGCACUCGCCCAGCUGGUCGCGGUAUAACGGGGACUUUAAGCGGGCCCAAGAGCUGACACAGUUCCACAAGGCAGCCGAGCAGCACCGGGACCAUUACAGGGACAAAUCUGGUUCUGUCCAUCAGGUUCCGCACUUUAUUGUUCCAGUGAAGAACCCGGAGACCUUCCCGCUGCCCCAGCAAGUCCUGUGACGCCGCGCUGCCGGGAAUACGGAAUCGGCAGGAACCCCAGUGGGACGGGCGGCCGUGCCCUGUGAUUGGUGCCAAGUGCAGAAUAUGAAGCAGGGGGCGUGGCCCCAGGAACAUCACUGUGGCCCCCCGUGCCCAUAUAGAACCCCCCCGGAUAUCUGCUCUCUCAUUCGCUCUCUUAUAAACCAACCAAUCUGCUCUA